AUGGCAGAAUACCAUGGCCUAUCACAAAUAUUCACUACCACAGAAACAUCACUUUACAACAAUUUAUUCAAAUCACCAAAUCCACCUUUUCAUUCUCCAACAGCCCUCAUCUUAGAAAUUUCUCCCAACCCUUUCCCUCAAACAAACCAUACUACUACUACGAAUUUUGUCCCUAUUAUCAAGAACAAUUACAAUUUUGAUAAUUUAGAAAUCCUGGACCACGAACUCGAGACCUAUAGGUCCAAAUUUAAUGGUCAUGGUCAUGAUAAUAGUAAUAAUUGUAACGUUUAUGUAGCGGGGCAUGUACUUGUUUAUCCUAGCUAUAAUGGUUUUUUUGAGAAACCUGGAUUAUUUUUAGACCAAAUGUUUGUGAGGAAGUGUUAUAGAGGGAUGAAGUUUGGGAAAUUGUUGUUUUCUGUUGUUGCAAUGCAAGCUGAGAAAAUGGGAAUGGGGAUGGUUGAUUGGCUUGUGGCUGAUUGGAAUGAAGAAACUAUUAAUUUCUAUGAGAAAAUGGGAGCUCAUUAUAUUCCUGAAUAUAGGCUUUGUAAAUUGUAUGGUGAUCAACUUCAAGCAUUUGGUAGGAAAUCUGAUUGA